GGGAAUUUCCCGGCUACUGGAUACGGGCAGUGAAUAGGACUGUCAACAUUAUAUAAGCUGCCAUUUACCACUGUGCACAAAGAAGAGAGCUGCCCGCCCCUGCCAUAGAGAGUCCUGAGACCAUGAAGAUGAGAGUUGUUGUGUUGCUGGCUGUGAUCGCUAUGUUCUGUGCUGCCGACGCUCAGACAUGUGCUCUGGAUAAUCUGAUGAGCAGCCUGACCCAAUCCGUGGCCUCUUCAGUGCUGCAGAGAGUGACUCUGGUCUGCAUUAAUGUCUCAGCGAGAGGGAGCUUGGUGAAUUGCCCCAGAGGUUACAAGCCGACAUGCUGCUCCUGCGGCAAUGCCUGUGGCUCCUGGGAUAUCCGCAAUGACCAGACCUGCCACUGCCAGUGUGCAAACCAGGACUGGACUUCUGCACGCUGCUGCAGGAUAGCCGUGAUCUUCAGGACCGUCAACGGUGUAAUGAACGGAACCAACGUCGACAUCUCGACAGAUAUAAACACAGAUAUUCCUUAAAGAUUGAUGUUUUUAGUUUUCAAGCUCCUUCACUUUUUUGGAAAUCACAUCCAGCUUUUAUCUAGAAUGCUGAGUA